AUGGCCGUGUCUAUUGGUUACUCCUACGUCCCUCUCGGACAAUAUGCCGCCUUGGGCGUCGUCGACUGCUACGUAAGUGGCAACGAGCCGGACUCACCAGGCACCCAAGGACUACUGCUGCUAUUGCCCGAUGGAUUCGGCCUGGCCAAGCACAAUCUCAUCCUGGCAGAUAACUUUGCCAAAGAAGGAUGGCGUGUGGUGAUUCCAGACUAUUUCGAAGGUGAGCCCAUCAAUCCCCCCAGCUUCACUCAUCAUGGCUCUCAUGCACGGCCAGGCGACCCGUUGCCGAUCCAGUUUCUCAAGCAAGAUCGCUCCUUGUCAAUCGAUGAGCAGCCGUGGCCUGAAGAAGAAAAGCAGAUCCUGCGCGACCUGGACUUCCCAGCCUGGCUGCAACGACAUGACCAUGCAAGGGUCUCUGCUCUUCUCGGCAACUUGACCAGCCAUCUCAGAGACAAGUACCCUGACUCUACUAUUGUCGGGGUAGGGUACUGUUUUGGGGGUAAACACGUAUUGAGACUGAGCAAGAAUGUAUUACGUGCAGCAGCUUCCUUCCAUCCCAGCUUCGUGGAGGCCGAGGACCUGGACGGCAUUCAGGCGCCUCUCUACAUCGGCCUGGCGGAGGAGGACGACAUGGUCCCUGCCUCAUUGCCUAAUGACCUCCACGAGUGGGGAAGCAUAAGGAUAAGACCCGGAGUGCCGUUCAAGAUCGAAAGCUAUCCGCGGAUGGGCCAUGGAUUCGCCGCUCGACCGGAUACUGAGGACAAGGAUAUUCGGGAACAGUAUCAAAAGGCGUUUGUUCGAACACUUGAGCAUUUUAGGGAGUUUGUCUCGGACAAAAAGGUAGAAUAG